GCAAAAGAGCUCCCAAGAGAACAGGAUGCAUACAACUGUCGAAUCGUGAUUGCCGUGAUGACGAUAUUCAUGUAGCCGAACGUGGUGCAAACUGCCGAGUUGUUCACACUGCUGACAAAGAUCAGUUUUGUGCCGCCGUCCGACACUGCUGCUACUACCCAUCUCUCGGUCCAUUGCUGUGUGAUAAAACGUAGCUCCUUCGUCUCCUCCGCAGCUCAUCGGUUUGUUUAUCCCCGGAAGCCAAGGGACUGCUGAGUCUGUGGAAAGUCGUUUGCACUGGUAAGGACUGCAAUGUUCCGCCGGAUUGUGUGGCUGCUGGCGUAUUUACCAAUCGCUUCUCUAGUUACGGCACUCGCUUCUGGCUGCAGCGAGCGCCAGACAAGGUUUCGUCCGACCGCUGAUGCCCCGACCUGUGAGCUCGCCGAGCCCGGGAAAGAUCUCUGCCCGUUCUCAGACGGAUACUGGAACACGUCCUAUCCCAACGUCUUCAAUCACACCAACCACAAGAUGGCCUACCAGUUUCUGAAUCGACACAGAAACAUAUUUCUCCAGGAGCCUUGCUCGGAGCACAUGUCCCACUUUCUCUGUUAUGCAGUCUUCCCGCUCUGCUCCUCUGGGUUCCACAGAGUGGAGCCAUGUCAGGAAAUGUGUGUGGCCGUGCGUGAGAACUGCACUCCUGAGCUGGUCAAGAGUGGAAUGGAGUGGCCUCCCGAAUUGGACUGCAACAAAUUCCCACCUCACGGCUCGAGCAUGUGUGUGUGGAGCGGGAAUACUAACUGCAGGACCGGGACGUCACUACCCGCUGCUGCAGCUGUGGACCCAAGCCAUCAACAGAUCAAGUCGUCGGUCACAAGAAAAUCCCUUGCCAACUGCACUGGCCACCUUGUACCCUAUCCCAACCACUCGCACGCCCAAUACGGCGGCAUCGAUAAUUGCGACGAGCGUUGUCAUGGGGUCUACCUCACCACCCAGGAACAAGACUUUAACACCGUCUGGAUAGCGAUAUGGAGCUUACUCUGCCUCUUGGUGUCCAUCGUCACUGUUCUCACCUGGGUCAUCAACUACAAGGCAAUAAAGAGCCCCGAAUCCCUCGUCUACUACAUAUCCUUGUGCUAUUCAUUUGUUGCCCUCUCCUACACUAUAUCCAUUGCAAUAGGAGAGGAGAGCAUAAUCUGCGACUCGGCUAUUAAAAAUUCUCUAAAUGAGAGUGCACUGGUUGUGAAUGGACUCCAUUUCCCUGUCUGCAUCGCUCUGUUCAGCAUCACAUACUUUUUCACUCUGUCGAGCUGGAUCUGGUGGGCACUAUUGAACAUCGAAUGGGUCGUCUGUAGCGUAAAGUCUCGCACCAUUGGCAUCAAAUGGAGGAUUUGUUCUCAACUUGUCGGUUGGGGCGUGCCUCUAUUGUUCCUAUUGAUUGCUCUUGGAACAGAGUCGGUGGGUGGCAACACCUUUCUCGGGACCUGCUGGAUAAGAAAGGACAGGGAAGUCGUCUACGUAAUUGCACCCCUUUUGACGGUGGUUGUGUUCAGCUGUGUCGUGAUACUCAUCGCGUUUACACGUGUCACGAAACUCCAGAGAGUGUUUAAAGACAUUGAUCUCGAUCCCGAAGAAGUUAACCAGAUCACGACUCUCAUACAAGUCAGCCUAUAUUGCACAAUCUAUCUAGUCUCGAUGGGGGUCCUAGUCUGCUGCUACUGGUACGAGUACUGCUUCAGAAAACAGUGGGAACACUCGUACAUCAACUGCUUGCACAACUCUGACACAUGUGCAUCUUCGGUAAAACCAAACUUCAGCGUUUUAAAGACGAAGCUCGCAGUCUCACUGAUAAUGGGGAUUAUAUCUGGAGCUUGGACGUUUAGAAAAAGCUCGACCAGAGCGUGGCGCAAAGUUUGUUGCAUCUGCUGCGUGUCGGGAAAACAUAGUUCCGACUCAGAACUCCAAACAGUGCGUCAGAUACAUUUUACGGAUGAUCCCUUGACUGCAGGAUUUUCAUUCUCACAGACGUCCGUAUGACAGUGAUUUUAAUGCAUCUGUAAUACUUCCCUUCUACUAUCACAGGUUCCUUUUUAACGUGGGGCGAGAUUUUUGUUUUCUUUGUGUGUCUGUUAGUGUUGGUUUGUGUUCGUUUCCUUUAUGUAUACAAACUGAAAACCCCAACCUCAACCCAGACUUCACCAAUACUCCCACAGAAAUCACAUUUUCCCACCACACACAGAUUCUUUCUUUGUACCCACCUGUAUUUUCCUCCCCAUCCUUAUCCUCCUCCUCCUCCUCCUCCUCCUUCUCUCCCU